CAGGCUUAGAAAACAGAAGCACUGAGAAUUCUAAGCAAAUAGCGCAGCAGGUAAAAACCCGGACACAGCCUCAGCCUCCUCUUGUACUCUUUUCUGGAAUUGGGACAAGAACUCCAAUAGCAAAAUGUGCAAGGGACUUGCUGCAUUGCCGGCCACUUGCUUAAAAAGUGCCAAGGAUAUGAAGCAUCGUCUGGGUUUCUUGCUGCAGAAAUCUGAGUCGUACGAGCAGGGUUCUUCUUCCCACAGCAAGAAGGAGAAAACAUCUUCAUCCCAGAGGGUUAGUCAGGAGGAAGUCAAGAAGUGGGCUGACUCUUUGGAAAACCUGAUCCAUCAUGACAGUGGGCUGGCUGCUUUCCGGGCUUUUCUGAAAUCUGAGUACAGUGAAGAAAAUAUUGAAUUCUGGGUGAGUUGUGAGGACUACAAGAAAACCAAGUCACCUGCCAAGCUCAGCACGAAGGCCAGGAAGAUCUAUGAUGAGUUCAUCUCUGUUCAGGCAACUAGAGAGGUGAACUUAGAUUCCUGUACCCGGGACAAGACAAGCUGCAACAUCCAGGAACCCACACUGACCUGCUUUGAUGAGGCUCAGAGGAAAAUAUUUAUCCUCAUGGAGAAGGAUUCUUACCGCCGCUUCCUCAAAUCUCCUUUCUAUCUUGACUUGAUUAGCCCAGCUGGCAUGUCCUGCAGCACUGAGAGCCACAAAAGAACCAAGGCUCAAUCCUUAGACUGUAACUCCAACCUGGUCUCUCAGUGUGCUUGACUGAGCAGCAAGCAGGGAGUAGGCAGUGCUCCCAUGACUCUUACUGGGCAUGCAAAGCACUCGUCAGCAAAGCACUCAUUGGCAUGAAGCAACACAGCUGUACUCAGUAGAUGUCUAAUGUCCUUCUUGUGUACCUACUAUGUCAUGCAACAGCCAGCAUUUGUAACUCAAGAAGACUCAGUUUAUGUAUUGAAACCUGCUGGUCUUCUCAGCAGCCAUCAAUAGAAGAGGCAUUUCUCUAACAUGUAAAGCAGGGUUAAAUUGUUA